AGGUAGAGACCAGAGCAGCGGGACGCUGCCCGGCACGUCUGGCCUAGCCCUCUUUCACCGGGCUGGGAAGCGACGCGCCCCCUCUCCCAAAUAAAAAUGCCGAAAAGGUCCGUUAAUGCCCGACAGACUUCAAAAGCUUUUCAGUGUGGUCCAGGAGGGGGUAAAGAAAGUAUCAGUUUGGAUGAACACCAAAUUGCUAAUGAGAUUUUAGAAAAGCAACUAAAAAUUUGUGGCUACAAGAAUGAUAAAGAAGUCAUAUAUCUAUACCUUGGUGAAAAUGGAUUAAAAGAUGUUCCUCAUUUAUCACGGUUCCGGAAAUUAAGAAAUUUGUGGCUAAACAACAAUAAGAUUCAGUAUAUAACUUUCGUGAAAUAUAACUGUUACUUGACAGAAUUAUAUCUUCAUAAUAACGAUAUCAGAAAUAUAACAGGUGCUCUGAAAAAUUUACAUUCACUACAGAUCUUACUGCUUCACAACAAUCAGCUAAAAAAUUUGAAUUUGACUGUGAAAGAACUACAAGGACUGCGAACCUUACAUACCUUAAACCUAUUUAACAAUCCUCUGUCGCAAGAGUGCAGAUAUCGCCUAUAUGUAAUAUAUCACAUUCCUUCAGUAACUUUGCUCGACAGAAAAGAAAUAACUAGAAAAGAAAGAGAAUCAGCGUUGCAUAUCUACAAUCAUGAGAAGACUCUUGUCCUUCAGUCCAUAGGAUUUGGGAAAAGAGUCGAUAUACCUUUGUUGCCAAAGGCAGCAUUAAGACUGUCACCCACAAAAGUGUUGCACUUGCCUCCAGGUUUCGAGUUUGGAAAUCACUUAGUUAAAAUCCCAUUUGCAAAUCCAGAAGAUGCUGUCUUUUUGCGGGCAAUGAAGCGUGGCAUGAUUGAAUUUUCAACUAUGGAUUGGGGGAAAAUGCCUACCUGUGAAGAAAAACGCCUUGGCAGCAGUCCAGAGAAAAGGCCAGAAAAACUGACCAUUAGAUUCAGAUAA